CAAAACAAAACCCCUCUUCCUCAGUCGCUCCAGUCUCUAGGGUUCGAACUCAGCUAUCACCAGCUCAGAACUCAUACUCGUCUUCUCCAAGGUUGUGUGUGGAUUCCAGCCUCAGAUAAUUGCUAAAGUGAGUGGCGAAAUGUGUUCCUCUUAGGUCGAUUCCCACUUGUUAGAGAACGGACUCUUGUGGCAACCUUGAAAAAAUGAGCUUGGUCUUAAGAUUAAGGCAGCAUUUGCCUAAUGGGUUUUGCAGAAGACCCCUUAUUUCUCCCCUCGCAGCACUGAAUCCUGGUAGCUUAAAUGGGUUUUGUCAAAACUUUAGUCAACCUGCAAGGAAAGAAGAGGAAGAGGAGGAAGAAGUGGAGAUUGACCAAAGGAGACUACCUGCUGAUUAUGAUCCAGCAACAUUUGAUCCAACAGAGCAUCGCAGUCCUCCAACUGAUCGUGUUUUUAGGCUCGUAGAUGAAAUAUCAUCACUCACACUGGCCGAAGUUGCUGAGCUGGGUUCCAUUAUGAUGAGAAAAAAGGGAAUGAAGGAACCACCAAUUGUUGGAGUCAUGAAGCCAGGAGCUGCUGGAUUAGGAUUGGCAAUGAAGGGACCAGCAGCAGCUAAGGAGGAGAAGAAACCAGAAAAGACUGUCUUUGAAUUAAAAUUGGAGUCAUUUGAGGCAGCUUCUAAAAUAAAACUGAUCAAGGAGGUAAGGGGCUUCACUGACUUAGGCCUCAAGGAAGCAAAGGAUUUAGUGGAGAAGGCACCAUCUGUGCUAAAGAAAGGAUUAUCAAAGGAAGAAGGAGAGCAACUAAUAGAGAAGCUCAAAGCUGUUGGGGCAAAAGUUGUUCUUGAAUGAAAUCAUUACGACGAUGCAUAUGUACUCCACUUUGAGAGGUUGUGAGAUUAGUUAAUGUUUCUUGCGGAACACCAGGUCACCAGCUUUUCUGAAAUUUUAGCAAUCCAUAUAAAACACAUCUCAGAUUUUCCAAUUGUUUUGAAGUUGAGAUAUUUUCUGAUGAUUGAUUUCUUGUUGUAUUGAUAUCUAAGCUGGUAAAGGUGAGAUUUUGAUUAAGAAUGGGUCAUCGACAUGGAAGGCUUUCCAUAAUUGAAGGGGGAAGUUUUUGAGUA